GCGCAUCCAUCGCGAUGGGGGAUGCGGAGCGCAGCGCGGAGCCGGAGUGCGCGGCGCCGUCGUGGAGAGGCAGGAUCACCCUGCGCCACGCCUUCCUCCCCUUCCUCUUCCUCCUCCUCCUCCUCCUGUGCAAGGUGCGCGGCCACGAGGAGUCCGAGUGCCGGCUGCCGUGCGAUUGCCCCGCCGAGCCGCCCGCUUGCGCCCCCGGUGUGCCGACGGUGCUGGACGGCUGCGCUUGUUGCCAGACGUGCGCUCGGCAGCGCGGGGAGAGCUGCUCGCGGCUGAUGCCCUGCGAUGAGAGCAGCGCCCUCCACUGUCACCGGGACGCAGGGAGCGAGGCUGACUUGGGGGUCUGCGUGGACCUUGAAGGAGACAACUGCGUGUUCGAUGGGAUUAUUUACCAGAGUGGCGAGACGUUCCAGCCAAGCUGCAAAUACCACUGUACUUGCCAAGAUGGGCAGAUCGGCUGCAUACCCCUCUGCAGCCUUGACUUGCUGCUUCCUGGGCCCGACUGCCCCUUCCCAAGGAAAAUCGAGGUCCCCAAGGAGUGCUGUGAGCAGUGGUCGUGCGACCCCCAAGCAGAUGUGGAUGUUGGAGGCUUCGCAAUGGCUGCGUACAGACAAGAAGCCACCCUUGGGAUCGACGCAUCCGAUUCGAGUUCCAACUGCAUUGAGCAGACGACAGAGUGGAGUGCCUGCUCCACAAGCUGCGGAAUGGGCUUCUCCACUCGGGUCACCAACAAGAACGCAGUGUGCGAGAUGGUGAAACAGACCAGGCUCUGUGAGGUGCGGCCUUGUGAAAGUGCUCGCCUGCAAGAUAAGAAGGGGAAGAGGUGCGUCCGCACCAAGAAGUCUCCAACACCUGUCCACUUGAAGUACGACAACUGCACCAGCAUCCACCUGUACAAACCCCGUUAUUGUGGCACCUGCAGUGACGGACGCUGUUGCACCCCCCGGGCCGCGAAAACCAUCCACGUGGAUUUCCGCUGUCCUGAAGGCAACAUCAUCAGGCAUCCCGUGAUGUCCAUCACAAACUGUGUGUGCCAUGGCAACUGUCCUCAGGAUCACAACACUUUCUAUAGAAAGCUCCGCCAAGCGGGCUGAUUGAAAACACAAAACUGAUGACAAUUUCAAAAAGGGGGUGAAUAUUUAAUAUGUAACAAGUUCCUUAAGAGCGAAGCAUGGAAACAGGCAGCGAACAAUAUUACCCUGCUGGGUGUCUCUUUUAUACUUGGGGGGGGGAAUACAAAGAUGCAGUUUGAUUUCCAUCUGGUUCUGUAAAUGACCCAGUUCAGUUCCUGUGGAGUUCCUUGAAAUCUUUCUUCAAGCAUUGCCACCCCAUCGUAAUAUUAGUCCCUGGGGGGAGAAAUGUAACAGCUCGACAUGGAUUUCUUUUAUUAGUAUAAAGGUUUCUUAGAACCUCUGCAAACACUAGAACUUCUUGUUCCUCAGCUUCAUGUAUUUGCUUGCCUGUGGUCAUGUUUCCAGGUUCUUCUUGCCGAACAAACUGUUUGCAAAAUUCAUGGGCCAAGAUGCUUGGGUGAGCGCUGGCCUUAUCGUCGCCCCGGGUAACUGCAGCCAGGAGUUGAGCACAGCCUGUUUCUGCAGAGUGAUGGGCCAAGGAUCUUAAUGCUGAUUCAAAACCCAAGUUAGUCACGUGAUUCCUUCUGCAGCCAGUUUUUAAGGAGGAACGUAUUUUUUGUUGCCAAUCACAGAUGCAGCAGGUGAAAACAUGUUUUCCUAUUACUAUUUUCUCUUCCUUGCAAAACACUUGCCCCUUGAACCAGCUCACCCUUUUCCUGCUCCAGCUGCAGAUGAUGCACACACAAACUUUCUCCCUCCCUCCUUCCGGUCUGCUACCACCUCGCCGCCUUCUGCUGGUGCAUGACUUUGCCAAGGGGGCGCCCUGCCCUGGAGCAGCUGCUAAUAUGGCCAGGAGUGGGAGUCAGUAGUGGGAGAUUCUGUACCACGGAUGUCAGGGCCGGUCCACACAUGAGGUCUGGUGAGGUGACCACUUCAGGCAGCAGGGUCCACAGAGGAAAUCCCCCUCCUCAUUCCUGAUGUGGAUCUUCACUCACCCCUUCUUCCCUAGUGAGGAGCAGAGUGCCAUUUUGGGGGUUGCCUCAGGUGCCAAAAUGUCAUGGGCAGGCCCUGACUCCUGUUAUGCCACUUCACGGUUAGGGUAGCCCUAUUCAAAGAAAACUUGUAUUCAAAGGAAAAUUAGUAUGUCUCUUUUUCUUUCUUCUGUCGGUCUCGGCAUAUGAACUGAUUCCUGCGGGUGUUUCAGAGCGUUCCGAUUCUAAUACUUAAAAAGUAGGUUGCAACAGGACAGAAGUUGUAACUGAAAUGUGUGCUGUGCUAGUUAGCUUGCUGAAAUCGACUUGUGUGGAGGUGAAGGUGAUGUUACUACACUUGGGCAAAAAAAAAAAGUGAAAGGCACAAAUACGGGAUGGGAGACACCUGGCUUGAGAGCAGUACAUGUGAAAAGGAUCUAGGAUCUUGGUAGACCACAAACUUGACAUGAGUCAACAGUGUGAUGCAGCAGCUUAAAAAGCCAAUGCAAUUCUGGGCUGCAUCAAUAGGAGUAUAGCAUCUAGAUCAAGGGAAGUAAUAGUGCCACUGUAUUCUGCUCUGCUCAGACCUCAGCUGGAGUACUGUGUCCAGUUCUGGGCACCACAGUUCAAGAAGGAUACUGACGAGCUGGAACGUGUCCAGAGGAGGGCAACCAAAAUGGUCAAAGGCCUGGAAACGAUGCCUUAUGAGGAAUGGCUUAGGGAGCUGGGUGUGUUUAGCCUGGAGAAGAGAAGGUUAAGGGGUGAUAUGAUAGCCAUGUUCAAAUAUAUAAAAGGAUGUCAUAUAGAGGAGGGAGAAAGGUGGUUUUCUGCUGCUCCAGAGAAGCGGACACAGAGCAAUGGAUUCAAGCUACAAGAAAGAAGAUUCCAUCUAAACAUUAGGAAGAACUUCCUGACAGUAAGAGCUGUUCGGCAGUGGAAUUUGCUACCAAGGAGUGUGGUGGAGUCUCCUUCUUUGGAGGUCUUUAAGCAGAGGCUUGACAGGCAUAUGUCAAGAAUGCUUUGAUGGUGUUUCCUGUUUGGCAGGGUGUUGGACUGGAUGGCCCUUGUGGUCUCUUCCAGCUCUAUGAUUCUAUGAUUUUAUGUUAGGAGCUAAUUCCCAUGAGCAUUCAAAGGUUGGUCUGCUUAUGAAGCACAUACCGUGUUUCUCAUAUUAUAAGACAUGUCUUAUAUUUAUUUUUUCCUCAAAAAAACACACUAUGGCUUAUUUUCAAGGGAUGUCUUAUUUUUUUCCUCCUCCUCCUGCCGCGGCCAGCAUUGCUGCUGCACCUAUCACUAUGUCUUAUUUUCGGGGUAUGGCUUAUAUUCCUUGAAUGCUUAAAAAUCCUGCUAUGGCUUAUUUUAUGGGUAUGUCUUAAAAUAUGAGAAACAGGGUACAUUGUGGAGCCCCAGUACAGAAUAUUUCAAUGGGCCUCUGGAUGGCAAAUACCCCCUUUUUUGUACAUUUCUCCACUUUAAGUUUAGACUGGACUGUUUGCGUCCUGCUCUGAAGGAUGUGGCCUGACCCACUUGCUAGGUGAGAAAGCAAACCUUGUAAAUCUCCUUGUAAAAAAAAAAAAUAGUAGUUCCACGUUUUACAGAAACAGCAAUGCAAACAGAA